CUUUAAGAGAUCAGAGGUACAAACUCAUCCGUUACUCAAAGGAUGAAUUAUCCAUCCGACUGUCAAAUGUAACAGUGCAAGAUGAAGGCGAAUAUAAAUGUUUCUACUACGGCAUCCCAUUCAAAAGCAAGCAAGAGACUGUUGAAAUACUAGCUGCUCCUUCUAAUCCAGUACUGGAAGUAUCCCAAGACACACAAAGAGAAAUUACACUGUCUUGCUAUACCCAAGGCUGUAAACCACAGCCCCGGAUUACCUGGCUAUUGGACAACGGGAUAGAGCUCCCUGGUGACAUGAAGCACAAGUUAGAAGCCGAUGGGAAGAAAUGGACCACAACCAGCACGCUGACAGUCCUUGCCUAUGGGCCCAAUUCAACAGCCAGCUGCAUCAUUCACCACCAAGCACUAAGAGAGGAGAAGCUGAUGGCAUCUUUCUGGUUUGAGAACCUCUCCAGGACAGAAUCAAAUCCUGCACCAGCAUCACUAGAGGUGGAUACCCGUGUCUCUGAGAACCAGCAAUCUACAGUGACCACAGCAGUGUCAGAUCUGAACAGCAGCACCGACUCCACUCCAAUCUACCCACAGCAUACUAGAUCCGAACAAUCAACCAUUCCUUUUGCAGUACCAGAGGGUCCAGUAGUUACCAGCUCAGCAUCAACACCAACCCAGCAAAACCUCCAACCAACCCAGCAAAACCUCCAGCCAGAUGUCACAUCUACUUGGUCCGAAGUUACACCAACUGCACCAGACCAGGAAGAAUUGUCUGCUUCAUCGAGUUAUCGUGUCCCCAACGGGACUGAAACAGCAUUCAGUGGCAAUGUCGCAGAAGUGGAAAUUUCCAGGACAGGAGCCCCACUGCCUAGUGAAAACGUAACUGUGAUUUCCACCAUCACCUUCGAGCAAGAUCUGAAAUCUGAAGGCACCAAAAAGAAGGAGAAUAAUCUCUUGCUGCCAAUCUUGGUGGCUGCUCUGAUUUUCGUGCUGCUCAUCAUUCUCGUGCUCUUCAUGAAGAAGCUGAAAAAAGCUCAUGGAGUGUGGAAGAGAGAAAAUGAUGUUUCAGAGCAGACACUGGAGAGUUAUAAGUCCAAAUCUAAUGAAGACAAUCCAGGCCAGGAGAAGAACGGACACGUUGUCAAUCAGAAGCCCAACGUGCAAUAUGUAACAGAAGGAUAUGUAGAAACUACGCAGAAGAAUCCAAGAGACACAAACAUUGCAAUAAGUGAGAAAAUGUUCAGAUGUGGAAAGGAAACAGAUGUGUAG